CUCUCUCUCUCUCUAUCUCUCUCUGGGAGAAGAAUUCUUUGCUUUUUCUUGGUUUUAAUUUUAAUUUCUCAGCUGCCUGAGUCUGUCACUGUAAUCAUCACCUUCUGUGCACCAUCUCUCUCUACCAUUGAUAUCUGAUAAUGUUUCUUUUGAAAGCUUUGUCUCUUUUUAUUCACGUAUAAGGUUAACGGGUGGUGCCGAUUCUUGAAGAGAGACCCGCUCCUUGUCUGUUUUUUCCCAUGUUUUUGAUCGCAUGAUCAUGAUGGCCCUAGGAGAGGUCGAUCGGGAAUUGGAUACGGAGAGAUAUAUAUAAUCUGAAUUUCGUCGCAGAGAGUUUUUCAGAGAAAGCAAUCCCAUGGCUUGAUUGCUAGCUAGAUAGCGACCCAAAUUAAGAACCGCCCCCAUCAUCACGAGAUUUUUCCGUUGCCACCUGUUCAUGAACAAAAAAACGCUUCUGCUGCUGCUUAUCGCUUAGUUGUACCCAAGGCCCGGGAUUCUCUUUUUUUGGGUUGUUCUUCACUGUCUCUUAAUUUGUUGUUUUCUUCCAAAAGAAGACCCUAGUGGGUUUCCUUUUGUCAUCACAGAAAAGGCUCGCUCGCUCGCUCUCGUGGUGCUUGAAAUCAAACAAAAAAGAAAGAGACCGGAGAUAGAUCAGUAGCAGCAGUAGUAAUAGUUGUAGUGAAUUUGCUUUCUUUUUCUCCGUUGGAGUCUUCUUCAAGGACCAUGUUUCCUUCACCGCUCAUCUCUAACUCCACUUCCUUGUCUGAAGAAGCAACCAGUUUUCCCUCCGGUUUGGGCGGCUUAAAUCCCACUGUUUCCACCCUCUCUAUCCAGCAGCCACAGAAGAUCAAGAAGAAGCGGAGCCUGCCCGGAAACCCAGACCCAGAUGCCGAAGUGAUCGCAUUAUCUCCGAAGACCCUUCUGGCUACCAAUAGAUUCGUGUGUGAGAUCUGCAACAAGGGGUUUCAGAGAGACCAGAACCUCCAGCUUCACAGAAGGGGCCACAACCUCCCAUGGAAGCUCAAGCAACGAAACAGCAAAGAGAACCGAAAGAAGGCCUACGUUUGCCCCGAGCCUUCUUGCGUUCACCACCACCCUUCUAGGGCGCUCGGCGAUCUCACCGGCAUCAAGAAACACUUCUGCAGAAAACACGGCGAGAAGAAGUGGAAGUGUGAGAAGUGCUCCAAGGUCUAUGCCGUCCAAUCCGAUUGGAAAGCUCACUCCAAAACCUGUGGGACUCGAGAGUAUCGAUGUGAUUGCGGAACCCUCUUCUCCAGGAAGGAUAGCUUCAUUACCCACAGAGCAUUCUGUGAUGCCCUGGCUGAAGAAAGUGCUAGAAUGUCAGCAAGCCAGAUGGGAAUGAAUAUUACAAACCUCCCCAUUAACAAUGCCCAGCCCUUCCACCAGCCACCACCCCUCUUCCCUUUCUCCACCCAAAACCACCACCACCUCUUCCCAAAUUCCCAACAAGCUCAAGCAGCUGUUGACAUGUCUCUUAACACUUGGGACCAGCCCCAAAACCCUAAACCUAGCCACCUCAACCAAACCCCAAUCCACAUCAAGCCUGAAGCCAUCCACAUGCCCAUCCCACCACGACCACGGCCACCCAUCGUCUCGGCCCCGUUUUUCCAAGACCCGCCACCGGCAACACUAACCCACAAGAACCACCUCCAUGCGGGCUCAUCAAGCAGUGCCGCCACCUCAGCCCACCUCUCAGCCACUGCUCUCCUCCAGAAGGCCGCCAGCUUUGGUGCACAACCAGUUGGCCACGUAGCCUCCGCCAUGACCCAGUUGGAAAUGGGCUCCGGCACCGGAAUAAUGCCGCCGGAGUAUCUGGGGUUCACGUCCAACUGGCAGAAAAGCGACAGCCUGACCAGGGACUUUCUGGGCUUGACAAGGGAUCAGUGUGGCGGCGGAGGUGGCGGCGGCGACGAGAGGUUUGUUCUGUCGUUCCCAGCUGCGGGGAGAGCGGAGGUCCCGACGCUGUUCAAGGCUCAAAGCUUCUCGGAAACAUGGGGGAAUUGCUAGAAAAGCUGGCCUCGCAGGGAUGAUGAAAAACAGUAAUCGGAGAUCCAAACAGAAAGAACAAGAACUUUUGCCCUUUAUUUUCCCCGUCUUUCCCUUACAUAAAUUUCAUGUUUUGUUUUGUUUUAUUUUUCUUCUUCUUGGUCGGAAAUUUGCUAUCUAAGAGGGAUUUGCUGACUUUUAUCUUUCAUGAAUCUUAAUUAAUUUUCGUGCUUCUUUUCUCUUA